UUUCCCUUUUCCCUUUUCCCUUUUGCCUUUUGCCAUGUGAAAGGUGACACCCCAGCACGCGUGGCGUACGCUUGUCUAUGCUGCUGUCCGCAACAGGCUUAAAGUUGCUCUCCAAGUCCCCUAUUUACCCUGCUAAUGAGCGAAAGCGGACUAGAUGCGGAGUGCAUAUUCAAUGGUCUGUUCCUUCUUCCUGGGGAAUCGUGAUAUCACCCCGGAUUGCUUGUUCCCUCCUACUAGUGGCGUCCUGGGAUCACUCAGCACCAUCUACCUAGCAGAUACUGAUUCUGCGCUCGCACAUGGAUGUCGCUGUGCUUGACAUGAGCCUCUGUGCAUCCUCGGCAUCUUGCCAAAAUAGCUAUUUCCGCCCUGUUUUAAAGAUUCACAUGCCAGGUAGAAUCCCAUGCCUGGUCUGGAUACACCAACAAAGGCACCAACAGGGGAUUGCGUCAGGGAUUAUUGACGGAUCUCACUUUCAAUGGAUUGCUAUAAGAUCAGCGCUUCCGUCAUCACACCCACAGUUCUCCAACUUUUAGAGCCCGCACUCGUUGGAAAUCGAGGCAACUAUGAUGCUCCUCAGCCCUGCGGUCAUUUUGGCUGUCGCCGCCGUCGUUACAGCUACCACCCCAGGUCCCACACAGUGUGAUCCCAAGACCUCCGCUAUCCCGGCCUGUGCCACUGGAUGCAUUAUCAGUGCCGGCGAACAGUUUGGCUGUACCAAAGAGGACUAUUGGUGUCAGUGCAAGCCUGACACAUACGCCAACAUCAAUGGAGCUGCAAUAAACUGCGUCCUUGGUGCCUGUGGCCUUGACGGCGCUCUGCCUGUCCUCAACGCAGCUAAUGCCGUAUGCGCUUGCGCAUCUGAGUAUCCAUCUCCAACGAGCACUGCUGCCCCGACAUCUACCGACCCUCCUGUCGUAACCACGGAUCCACCUGUCAUAACCACGGAUAAGGCUACCCCCACAACCGGCUCGCCGUCGUGCGUGGUUACCCCAGGCCCGACCCAAUGUGAUGCGUCGGCCUCGGCGAUCCCUCCUUGCGCAACUGACUGCAUUAUCAGCGCGGGUGCUCAAUUCGGCUGCUCUAAGCUCGACUUCAGGUGCCAGUGUGAGCCUGACACAUAUGCCAACAUCAACGGAGCUGCAUUAAACUGCGUCCUUGGCGCCUGUGGUCUCGACGGUGCUCUCCCCGUACUUAGUGCAGCUAACGCUGUGUGCGACUGCGCAUCGUCUUACCCUACGGUUCCUUGCACAGGUGGCCCCGAGCCAACUACUGGGCCACCCACGGACACCACCACUGGCCCCGGUACUACGGAAGCAACCCCAACUUCAACCGCGGAGCCAACCACAGACAAGCCAACCACAGAGCAAACGCCAACUACUACAGGCGGCACGCCUUGCACCGUCGCUCCCGGCCCAACCCAAUGUGAUGCGUCGGCCUCGGCGAUCCCUCCUUGCGCAACUGACUGCAUUAUCAGCGCGGGUGCUCAAUUCGGCUGCUCUAAGCUCGACUUCAGGUGCCAGUGUGAGCCUGACACAUAUGCCAGCAUCAACGGAGCUGCAUUAAACUGCGUCCUUGGCGCCUGUGGUCUCGACGGUGCUCUCCCCGUACUUAGUGCAGCUAACGCUGUGUGUGCGUGCGCUUCAGAGUACGCUGCGCCUUCUUGCACCGGAGGACCAACUAUCACAACAACUGGUACAGGCGGUCCAGACACUACGACAACUGGCGGCCCGGACACGACGACUACUGGUCCAGGCGGCCCAGGCACCACGACAACUAGUACAGGCGGCCCGGUGACAACCCCACCUCCAACUGGCACUGGAACUGGCACACCGUGCUCCGCGACACCAGGCCCAACUCAAUGCGAUGCCUCCGCCUCUGCAAUCCCACCAUGUGCAACUGACUGCAUUAAAAGCGCUGGUGCUCAAUUUGGCUGCUCGGAGCUCGACUUCUGGUGUCAGUGCGAGCCUGCCACCUACUCUAAGAUUAAUGGCGCCGCGCUAGACUGUGUGCUGGCCGGAUGUGGCAUUGACAAGGCUCCAGCCGUGCUUGAAGCCGCUAACGCUGUCUGCGCUUGCGCUACCUCGUAUCCUCAGCCAACUUGCACUGGAGGUGGCGGCUCUGGAAAUGGAAACGGCAGCGGCAGCGGCUCAGGCAGUGGAAGUGGAAGUGGAAGUGGCUCAGGUAGUGGAAGUGGAAGCGGCUCGGGAGGUGGAAGUGGCAGUGGUUCUGGAAGUGGUAGCGGCAGCGGCACCGGAAGCGGCUCUGGCAGUGGUGGCGGAGGUGUCAUAACCCCAGUCCCAUCCAGCGCAUCCGGCCUCCAGUCAUUGAUGGUUACCAUGACCGCCAUCUUUGUCACUGCCGGCAUCUUCGCUAUCGCUUGGUAAAACUUAUAAUGUCAAGUUCUGACACAAGUGAGCCCUGGAACGGGUCUCACGGUUUCUAAUUCUACGGCGGAAUUUUUAUAAUAUGGAUACAGUAUAUAUACACUUCUUCACUACCAGUUGAUGCG